AAUAUAUCACUAAAGCGUAUAGAAGAAGAAUUCACAACUAAUUUCAAACAGCGUCAAAAAAUCGAUAUAGCAGAACAAAUUUCUUGAUGCGAAAAGAAUAUAUUUUUUUCCGCGCGUAGGUUGUGCAUAAAAAUGUCGGACGAGGAAGAAGAGUCAAUGUCUGAAGGCUUUUCAGCCAGUGAAGAUGAAUGGAAGCCAACAAAAGAUGUGCGUGGUGGCGAAUCAUCUGACGACGAUGAUAGCGAUUUCGAGGAGCAUCGUCAAAUUGCAGGCGCGCAAAAUAUCAGUGGAACGGGUGCUGUAGGUAGAAGAAAGGGCACAUCGUCUAAAGCAACUGUAAAGCAAACUGCCAUUAAGAAACGCAAAGCCACUGGUCAAUCACUGCGCACCAAACUUUUCAACAAAUAUCGGCCACCACCAAAAACUUUUCCGUCACCCAACAGUGCUGGCAGUAAUUCACCAUCGGCGUCAACUUCACGAACGGCUUCAAAAAACGCCAAAGUGCCCAAUGAAAGUGGCGAACCUGGCAACGACUCCAGCAGCGAAUCGAGCGUCGAAGAUUAUCUGGUAAAUCCAGAUGAUAUUGAUUUUCAAUCGAGUUUCUUCAACGUUCAACAUGUAGACAAGGCAAAAUCCACUUCCCCAGCACCGAUUUUCGACUGCAAUGCGGGUAUUACGAAACUGUCUGAUUCGGGUUCAGAGGAUAACAACGAAUCUAGCGCCGAUGAACAGGCAAAUGGAAAAUCAUUUGAUUUUGCAAAUUUAUUGGAUAAUGUCAAUAGUCUGGAGCGUGCCAAGGAGACCAUAGCGAAACGUGCUGCUGAAAGCAAAGAGCAGAACACCAAAACAACUGGUGAAAAUGUGAAUGCAAACGCUAUGGAUGUCAACUCGCUACUUGCAUUGGGCGAAAAGCAAAGUAAUGCUGUCUUGCGCAGUGUUAAAUCGAAGGAUGAUGGCGAAGAGGAAGAUGACGAAUGCGAUGUUGAACGUGCGCCAAUCAAGCUAAGCAAAACAAAGUCGACACGCGUCAAGCGGCAUACCAAAACGCGACCAGCUUCAACGGUUUUGGCAGGCGAUACGGAUGAUUCGGACUUUGAGGAAGUAGCAGAAGACACACACUCCGUGUCGUACUCAACCACACACGACUCCAGCGCGCUGCUGAACACCUCGGAAGGUCUGGAGAUACAUGUGGAGCUGCCUGGCAAGCAGCGCCGCAACAAGGAGAAGAAACAACAGGAUUUAGAGUUGGCGCUCAGGCGAAAAUUGAAUCGUGAUUUGAAAGAACGUUAUUUGAAUUUACACAAAACUACGUUGUUGUGUUGUUUUGCGCGCAGUUACCGUUACAAUCGCAUGCUGAACGGCACACCACUGAUGCAGGCCGCAUUGAAACUGUUGCCGAGCAGCAAUGCUUAUCCACCAGAGCGUGGCACCGAAAUCAAAUACUUUGAGUCAAUGGUCACAUGGUAUAAGACGGCCGUGAAGUUGGCUUCGCCGAAUUUAUAUGGUGAGAAGAUGCGUAAAAGUAGGCGGCGAGUGAAGCGGGAGCUCAUGGCGCAGAUUAAACGUAAGGAGGCUAGUUGCAAACAGGAUUUUGUAUUUAUAUUUGUGGUAUUACUGCGUGCGAUGGGAUUACAGUGUCGGUUGGUAGUUAAUAUGCAGCCGCUGCCGCUGCGACCGGCGGCAUCUGAUCUACUGACGAUCAAAUUGAAGCGCGAGGGGGAUAAGAAAGUGGAGGAGGAUGCAGUGGAGGUAAAGAAAUUGAAAGUCGAGAGUGACAUAGCCAGUGGAGCGGAGGGGAAAAAGCUGCAUGGUGAGUUGGCGGAGAAGACCAGCAAAGAAAAGGUUGCAAAAUCCAAAGAAAAGAUUGUGAAAGAGGAGCAUAAGAAGGAUAAAGAAAAAGAGAAAGUACGCGAUAAGUGCAGUGAGAAGGCGGUGAAAGAGAAACUCAUGAAAGAAAAAGAGAAAGGGCUUAAGGAUCCUGCAAAAGAUACUCGUGAUAAGUUAGUUGCAAAAAGUCACGAUAAAGAAACGGUGCAAAAGAGUGCUCACAUUGGCAGCAAAAAGACACCAAGUUCAAAGCUCGCUGUGUUAAAAGCGGAAGAUCGAACUGAAAUUAUAAAUAAAAUUGUAAAACUGGAAGCAGUUCUAGAUACACAAAAGUCAUCAAAAAGAGCUCCGACCAAAGUAACAAAAGCAGCAGACACGACAGCGGAUGAGAAGCAGCUAUUAAACACCUCAAAAGAAAAAUUGGCAACAAAAGACGUAAAACCGAAGCUUUCGCGUCUAAAGAGCAAAAGAAAUGUCACGAAUCCCGAUGAACGUGACAAGCUCGACUUAUCGGCUGAUAAGCCUUGUCUCAGCGUGGAAGCAACGACGAUUACACGACACAAGCGACAAACUGCCGCUGAGAAGCCAGUAGUAAAUAAGCCAAUAGCGGCAACUAAAAGCGCGAAACCAGUAAUACAGGUGGGUUCACCUGUUAUACCGAAAAUCGUAAUUCAAUCAGGUAAAACCGUUGUCACUGCCGAACGCGAGAACCAACCACAGGCCGGUAGCAGCCGUACGCGUGUGACCCGUUCUCGCAGUAAAUCGCCCAAAAUGCAUAUCUCACCAACGUUCCUACAGAGCACAGAUUAUCGAAAUAAAUUUCCCGAAUCUACAACCGACGCAAAAGCACUGCCGAAAACUGGACGUGUCCCAGCACGCACCAGAUCUAAAAGUCCCAAGCAGAAAGUAUUAAUUUCAACAGAUUUUUUACAACAACAUGGUACCAGCGUUGCAGGCAGCACAAGAGCCGGACGCAUAUUGCGUUCGCGGCAAAAAUCCAAUGAGGUGCCGGGUGGUGAUAAAAAACUACCACCAGUGCCGCAGUUGGAUGGGGCUGAUGAUAGUUUGGAGAAGUCGUCAUCGUCGUCUAAAAGUAAGCGUCCACAAUUGAAAAAGUUGCAAAAUAAAUCUCAAUCGCGUGAAGACAAUUCCGAUGAAGACUUUGAACCGUCACCACCGAAGCAGCCGAAAAAGGCGCCAAAAUUACCAGCCAAGAAACCGGUGGACCGCCGUGUGCUGUCGUCCGAUGAGGAGGAAGGUGGCGGCGGCAUGGUGAAGCGUAAUCCCGCAGCUGCUGAUAUUUGGGUGGAAGUGUGGUCCGAUGCGGAAGAGCAGUGGGUCUGCAUAGAGUUGUUUAAAGGCAAAUUACACUCCGUAGAGGCGAUCAGGAAAGCCGCAUCCUCCACUUUCGCCUACGUGUUCGCAUUCCAAAAUGAUUUGAGCAUUAAGGAUGUGACUGCUCGUUAUUGUCCCAAUUGGACAACAACUGUACGCAAGUCACGUGUUGAACGCGCCUGGGUGGAGGCAGCCUUUGCACCAUACUAUGGUCAACGCACAGCUCGUGACAUACGCGAGGAUCAGGAGUUACGUCGUAUACACGAAGAGAAGCCGAUGCCAACCUCAAUUGCUGAGUAUAAGGAUCAUCCGUUAUAUGCGCUUGAGCGUCACUUACUCAAAUUUCAAGCCAUCUACCCACCGGAACCACCAACAUUGGGUUUUGUACGUGGCGAACCGGUAUAUGCGCGUGAAUGUGUGCACACGCUACAUUCGCGCGACAUUUGGCUGAAACAGGCGCGUACAGUCAAGUUGGGUGAACAGCCUUAUAAAAUUGUAAAGGCACGCCCCAAGUGGGAUCGGUUAACGCAAACGGUCAUAAAAGAUCAACCGCUGGAGAUAUUUGGAUAUUGGCAGACACAGGAUUAUGAGCCACCAACUGCUGAGGAUGGUAUUGUGCCGCGCAAUGCCUAUGGAAAUGUGGAACUAUUCAAAGAGUGCAUGUUGCCCAAGAAAACUGUACACUUACGUUUGUCGGGUUUAAAUCGCAUUUGCAAAAAACUGGGCAUCGAUUGUGCACACGCAGUGAUUGGUUUUGACUUCCAUCAAGGUGCCUGUCAUCCACUUUACGAUGGUUUUGUCGUCUGUGAGGAGUUUGCCGAUCAAGUGACGGCGGCUUGGUAUCAAGAUCAGGAGGAGCAAGAGAAGAAGGAACAAGAUAAAUAUGAGGCACGUGUGUAUGGCAAUUGGAAGAAACUCAUUAAAGGUUUGAUUAUCCGCGAGCGACUAAAGAAGAAGUAUAAUUUUUAAAGGUUCCGAAAUUCGAAGUUACAAGUUUAUUAUUGUUUAUUUUUGCCAGACGAUUCUAUGAAUUGUAUUUUUUGUGUUCUUUGCGCGUAUAUGCGAAUUUUGUUUUUUUUUGUUUACAGUCGCAUGUUUUUUCUCUGUAUCUGUUUUUCAUACCAUAAAAUAACAUAAAAUGUACCCGGUCCACGUAUAUAGGUACAGUACAAACUGUGUUUUAUAAAACAAUACUAUAUACUAUUAUACAUAUUUUGUGUCAAUGAAACAUUUAAACAUUUCUUUUCGUCAAUUUUGUAAUAAAGCCAAGCCAAGUAAGUGUUUGUCUAUUCAAUGUGUACUAUAUUUCCGCCAUACAAGCAUUGUAUUUAUUUAAGUUCGCUAUUUUUGUGUUUUGCCUUACUUGUGAUUCAAUAAAAAGUUUUCUA